AUGCCGUUCGGUAGAAGCGAGAAGCAUGCGAGAUUCGGCGAUUCGAAGUCGAGAAUGGAAGAUCGCAGUAGAGUUCUCACAAUGAAAUACGGCAAACAGCAAAUGGCACUUAUUAGAAAAAGAAUGUCGAUUGAAAAUUGGAUCGACGCGGAGGUGACGAAACUGUUCAAUGGUAACGAGAAUCAUAAAGUCGAAAUCGAUCUUGACAAAAUUCAAGACAUCGAGGAGGUCGCAGACAAAAGGAAAUACGCGUUUGAGCAACUUCAAAAAGCUCAUUGUCCGUCCUCAAUGGACAAAAUUAUAAUGUUCCUGGAUGAGCUCAUUGUACAGCUUGCGACUCUCUAA